AUGUUAGGUCCUGAGUUAGUUCAAGAAACUACCGAUAAAAUAUUCAAGAUUCGAGACCGUAUCAAGGCGGAUCGAGACAGACAGAAAAGCUACGCGGACAGACACCGCAAACCAUUGUCUUUUGAGGUUGGAGACAAGGUGUUGCUAAAAGUCUCGCCGUGGAACGGCGUAGCUAGAUUCGGUAAGCAAGGGAAGCUUAGCCCGAGAUACAUAGGACCAUACGAAAUCUUGGAAAAGAUUGGAAACGUCGCCUGCAAGUUAAAACUGCCAGAAACACUCAGUAGCGUUCACGACACUUUCCAUGUGUCGAAUUCGAAAAAGUGUCUCUCGGAUGAAUCACUUAUUAUUCCCCCAGACGAAAUCCGUGUAGAUGAUAAACUCGAUUUCAUCGAAGAACCUGUUGAGGUUUUGGAUUAA